AUGCAAUAUUGGUUUAUAAGAUUCUACUAUUUGUAUAUGGAUAUCAAAUUCAUGUCAUUAAUUAGACUGUAAUGUCAUAAUUACUAGAGUAAUUGCAUUGUAGCAUCCUCAUUUUAAGGAUGUAUGAAUAGACCAUCCAAUUUAGUAUGUUCAUAAUCUCCAAUUAAUGAUAUGUAUGAUACUCAUUAAGAAUGCUAAGUGUGGAAUCCAAAUUGUACAAUCUCAGAUUAUGCUGACUCUGUAGGAUGCUAAUAGGAAUAAACUUUAUGUUCAAAUUAUACUACUAAAAAUUAAUGUAAAAUUAUAUUAGAUUCUUCAUAUCCUUAUCCAAAUCCAUAAUCAUAUUGUUAUUGGGAUUACAUAACAUCUUCAUGUAAAAGCGCAUAUUAAAAUUCUUUAUAUUAAUCUGAUUAAAGAAUAAUUGGUGAAUUAACUCAUAAUGAUUGUGAAAAUUUUAUGAAGAUAUGCACAAUUAAUAAUAAUCUUACUAAAACAUGUGUGUCCCUUUAAGAUGACUGUGUUAAUUAUACAAUAUCAAGGCUUGUAUAUUAAAUAAAUAUUAAUAACCUUGUUAUUGUGAUAAAUUUUAAAAUAAAUGUCUUAAUUAAUAAUGUAAUUAAAAUGUUGAAGCUCAAACUGAAGCAGAAUGUUUUAAAUAAAAAAGAGAAUAUCUAUGUUAACUUAUUUAUGAUAAAAAUGGGGUUUCUGAAAUAGGUUGUGAAGAUAGAGUUAGAACAUGUUCUGAUAUAAAAUAUUAAAAGAUUUGUAAUAAAACUAUAACAAUUCAAAAUGAAAGAUGUUAUUAUUAUAAUAAUAAAUGUAAUGUGAUUGUUGAUGAAAAUUAAUGUUAAUUAAUUACUGAUGCGUCUAGUAAUGAGGAAUGUCAAUUUUAUCAUUAAUUUUGUUUAUUAUAAUAAAGUGGUAAGGGUUGUUAUGAUGUAAAGGAAUGUAAGAAUCUUAUGAAUACAAAUUGUAAUUCUAAUAUUAUUUAUAACAAUAAUAAGUGUCUUUAUUAUGGUAAUGAAUGUAGACAAAAUUUAUUUUGUGAUAAAUUAUUUACUUCUUUGAGUAGCUGUGAUAAUGUGAAAACCUUAAUAUAUUAUGCAGCUAUUAAUAUAUUGGACUUGAAUUAAAAUGUGUACCUUAAGAAUGUUCAAUAUUAAAUAUAACAGAUAAUAUUGUAGAUAAAUAUGAAGCAUGUUAAAAAUAUUCAUCAAUGUGUACAUAUAAUAUUAGUACUGAUUUAACAACAAAAUUUUGUAUGUAAAUUUUAAAUUGUAAUGAUCUAACCACAUAAGCAUUGA